GGGGGUUUGAGCCUGCGGUCACGUGAGUGGAGGCUGACCCCAUCGCGAGAGGACGAUGAGAAAAGACAUCUCACUCUGACUUGUUUACCGAACACCAUCACCUCCUGUGUCAGGACACGAUCUUUGAGAGCCACCGACAGACAGGAGAAAUGAAGGAGGAAGUCAUGAAGAUUCUUAAUGAGGCGCCAAGCUCCAGGAAACUUCUUUUGGAAAACUACGACAACCUUCUGAAUGUGGCCGAAUACUGCCACUACAACUAUACACAACAACAGUCGGGUGAUGAUAGCUUGAAGGCGUUGGAGGAGACCAAGAAGCUGACCGCCCAAUCGCUGGCGAGCAUCGCUUACCAGAUUAGCACGUUAGCUACUAGCGUGCUAAGUCUGCUGGAUGCUCAGACCAAUCAGCUUCGCCACAUGGAGUCAUCCAUCAACCUGAUUGGUCAGACGGUGGAGAUGCAUCGUGAGAAAGUUUCUCGCAGAGAAAUUGGUAUUUUCACGGCGGUCAGACAAGUCCCACGUGGACCAAAAAUCCUCCCGCCUCCUCAGCCUGCUGCCGGCUCGCAGUCCCGCCCUCCGUACAGCCGGCGUCCAAUCAGCUACCAGCAGCUGGAUUACAUCGGUCAUGGCUUGAAGCUCCCUGGGAAGCAGUCUGAGGGCGCAGGAAGCAUCGGGAAGCAGGCAUCCUCCAUCAGCUGCAACGUGCCUCCAGUGGUUCUCCCGUGUCCCGUGGCGCCCCUUAGUGGCAGCUCGACUUUUGGCAAGCCUGUGGCUCCGCCCACCAUCCCCACUGACUGGCGGGCUCCGCCUGAAGACGACAUCGUACCCGCACCUGGCGAUGACGCUCCACCCUCUCCGCCCGACUUCUCUGAGAUGCCGAUGGCUCCACCCUCUCCGCCCGACUUCUCUGAGAUGCCGAUGGCUCCGCCCCCUCUGCCCGACGACGACGACAGCACGCCGGGAGUCCCGCCCUUUCUACCUAACUCCCCAGACGUGGUCCUACCUGUGACUCCGCCCCUGUGUCUGGAGACAGUGCUGGAGGAGAGCAGCCUCCCGCCACCGUCCCCCCCGCCCACUGACGACGACGCCUUUCCUGCACUGUCCAAUGAUGAGCUUCCAGCCCCGCCCCCAUCAAGCCAGGAAGUAGACGCUUUGCUUCCACGCCGGUGUCCAUCGUGUCUCUCGUCCUGUAGCGCCGCUCCCGGCCAGGAGGAGCCGCCAGCGCCGCUCACCCCAGCCUGCUCGCUCUCUCUCUCUGAGGGUGCGCCGCCGCCACGCCCGCUCUCUCUUCCUGCCCGCCGGCCAAUCACUCAUGAUCCCCCCUCCCCCGCCUUAUCCUCCCCCGCAUGCCCCCGCCCAGCCUCUUCCCACCUCCUCGCUGCGGUCCCGCCUCCCGGCUCGCCUGGAGCACCUGGAUCUGGAGCUUCCUGUCCUACCUCCCCCGCCGCUUUUGGACGACACCCCCCUGCCGCACUGGAAGAAAGUGGUGGCGCUGUUCUCCUACGAGGCCUCCAAGCCGGAGCACCUGUCCGUCACCGAGGGCGACGUCAUCUACCUGACUGGUCGCCAUGACAACGGAUGGUGCGAGGGCGUCCUUAACAGCAAGCGAGGCUUCUUCCCCAAGGAUUACGUCCAGUCCUGUGAUUAGUUGGAGGCUCCGCCCCCUCGCACCUGACCGGCCAAUCUGCUCACUUGUCCUAACCCCGCCCCCAUGGUUAAUUUUCCCCGUUUUUGAUCGCAGCUGUCAAUCAAUGUCCAUCUUGUGUAAAAGUCUUUAUUGUGUCAACAAUCUUGGUAAAAAAAAAAAAAAGAAUAAAUAACAACAAAUAAAUAUAAUCCAUCAAUAAAUAAAGGGAGCAA